CCUUGCGUGCUCACGUGACAGGUCGGCGAGGCCCGGCUCUUGCAGUCGUCCAGGCCAGCGAAGAUGGCGGCCGAGAGGGAACCUCCUCCGCUGGGGGACGUGAAGCCCACCGACUUCGAGGAGCUGGAGGACGGAGAGGACCUGUUCACCAGCACGGUCUCCACCCUCGAGUCAAGUCCAUCCUCUCCUGAACCAGCCAGUCUUCCUGCAGAAGAUAUUAGUGCAAAUUCCAAUGGCUCCAAACCUGUAGAAGUCAUUCUAGACGAUGACAGAGAAGAUCUUUUUGCAGAAGCCACAGAAGAAGUUUCUUUGGACAGUCCAGAAAGGGAGCCUAUCCUCUCCUCCGACCCUUCGCCUGCAGUCACUCCUGUCACGCCCACUGCACUCAUUGCUCCUAGAAUCGAAUCAAAGAGUCUUUCUGCUCCAGUGAUCUUUGAUAGAUCCAGGGAAGAGAUUGAAGAAGAAGCAAAUGGAGAUACUUUUGAUAUAGAAAUUGGUGUGUCAGAUCCAGAAAAAGUUGGUGAUGGCAUGAAUGCUUACAUGGCAUAUAGAGUGACAACAAAGACUUCUCUUUCCAUGUUCAGUAAGAGUGAGUUUUCAGUCAAAAGAAGAUUCAGUGACUUUCUUGGUUUGCAUAGCAAAUUAGCAAGCAAAUAUUUACAUGUUGGUUACAUUGUGCCACCAGCUCCAGAAAAGAGUAUAGUAGGUAUGACCAAGGUCAAAGUAGGUAAAGAAGACUCAUCGUCCACUGAGUUUGUAGAAAAACGAAGAGCAGCACUGGAGAGGUAUCUUCAAAGAACAGUAAAGCAUCCAACCUUGCUUCAGGAUCCUGACUUAAGGCAGUUCUUGGAGAGCUCAGAGCUGCCGAGAGCAGUUAAUACACAGGCUCUGAGUGGAGCAGGAUUAUUGAGGAUGGUGAACAAGGCUGCCGACGCUGUCAACAAAAUGACAAUCAAGAUGAAUGAAUCGGAUGCAUGGUUUGAAGAAAAGCAGCAACAAUUUGAGAAUCUUGACCAGCAACUUCGGAAACUUCAUGCCAGUGUUGAAGCCUUGGUCUGUCAUAGAAAAGAACUUUCAGCCAACACGGCUGCCUUUGCUAAGAGUGCUGCCAUGCUAGGUAAUUCUGAGGACCACACUGCCCUAUCUAGAGCCUUGUCUCAGCUUGCAGAGGUUGAGGAGAAGAUAGACCAGUUACAUCAAGAACAAGCUUUUGCCGACUUUUACAUGUUCUCAGAACUUCUUAGUGACUACAUUCGGCUCAUUGCUGCAGUGAAAGGUGUAUUUGACCAUCGGAUGAAAUGCUGGCAGAAAUGGGAAGAUGCUCAAAUUACUUUGCUCAAAAAACGUGAAACUGAGGCAAAAAUGAUGGUUGCUAAUAAACCCGAUAAAAUUCAACAAGCUAAAAAUGAAAUAAGAGAGUGGGAGGCGAAAGUACAACAAGGAGAGAGAGACUUUGAGCGGAUCUCUAAAACAAUUCGAAAAGAAGUGGGAAGGUUUGAGAAAGAAAGAGUGAAAGAUUUUAAAUCUGUUAUCAUCAAGUACUUGGAGUCAUUAGUACAAACACAGCAACAGCUGAUAAAGUACUGGGAGGCAUUCCUACCUGAAGCCAAAGCCAUUGCCUAGCGAUAACGUUAUUCCUGUUAAGGAGACAUUGGAUUCCUCAGUGAGAUCAUCUAGAAACCAUCUAAAUAAACCACUAUAUAUUUUAUGAAUUACAUGUGGUUUUUUUAUAUAUAAAAACCUAUGCGCUGACAUUUUAUUACAAGCUGCAUGUCCUGACCCUCUUUGAAUUAAGUGGACUGUGGCAUGACAUUCUGCAAUAUUUUGCUGAAUUGAACACUAUUGUGUCUUAAAUAAUUGCACUAAAAAGUGCACCGCAAGGCCAGAAAAUUUUACAAUCUUUUUUCUUUUAUGUUCUGUAGUAUGUUUACCCUCAUGAAGCAAAUUAGCAAAUGCAUUGAUUAAUGUUCACUUAUACAUUCCUGUACAGAAAUUAUGAUUUUGUGAUUAUAGUAAUAAAAUGAUAUUACUUGUGAAAUAUUAGUAAUAAAUUAUUUGAGUAUUUAACAUGUUAGGGAUCUUUUUAGGAAGAAAUACUUCUAAAUGUAUAUAGUUAAUACUGUCAUUCCUUAAAUGUUUUAAUUGAUAGAAAAUGCCAAGUUCUUACAUUGAAUAGCUAAAUGAAGUUUAUAUAUUUUCUUAUAAAACAACCCUAAAUCAGGGAACAAUGAUCUUGAUCAUUUUAGGUAAAGAAGAGAAUAUUAUAAAUUUAGGAGAGGUUGGGCAUACAAUCAUGGCUGUAAUCCCAGCACUUGAGAAAGCUGGAGUAAAUAGAUCAUUGCAAGUUCGAGGCCAGUCUGGGCUAGAGAGUCAAAACAAAGGAUGGUGUUUGUGUUUCAGUCAUAUGUGUCAUGGGUAUCUUUUCCUUUCUUUUUUUUUUUCUUUUAGCUCAUCUUGUUAUCUUCAAAUGUUUUAUUGUUGCCUCUGUUUCUGUUUUAAACUGAAAGUAGGUCAUCUGUAGUCAAGAUUGACAAGGAAUUGGUGCCAUAUUAAAACACCAUGGUUUGAUGAGUAGCCAAGGACAGCAAAAACAAAUUUGAAGGAAAGUGAAAUGCACUGUGUCUUUGGCAGCUUCUCACAGUCUUUGUGUGCCCUGUUUAGAUGACCGAUGUGCAUUGCCUAAUGAUGAUGAAAUUAUAAGUUAUGACUGGCAUCAUUAAUUUUCCCCCAGUCGGGUAACAGCAAUAUACAGUUGAAGAGGUGUGUAAACUUGGUCAAUCAAACUGCAUUCCUUGUCUUUGGCAUCUACAAAGCCAGGAUCUUCAGGGCACAGCAUGAGGGAAAGGAAGGUGCAUGGAGGGAGGCAGUGACACACUGGGCUUCUCUAAGAUUGCCUAUUCAACAUACUGCUCAGAUAGCGAGCAAUGGUCAGCUGGUCACAUGGUCCUGAAAUGGUGAGCUUGUUUGCAGCAUCUUCCGCUGAACACUGAAGUCCCCUUUGACUCCACUGUCUGGUGCUUGUUCAGUGGUAUUCUAAGCAUGCUGGAGUAGUUAGCAGUAGGGCUCUAGGCCGGCCAGCAGACGUUUAACACCACCACCCUGCCAUCCAUAUGCUAAAUGACCUUGGGUUACUUAUUCCAUCUUAUCCGGGUUCUCUUGAUCCUUCACUUGUCUGAGUUACAUUCUGAUUACAUAUGGUGCCUUUGACUCUCCAAAUUUUUAGUUUUUACUAAGUCUUCUUAAGCUGGGUGUGGUGGCAUAUACCUUUAAUGCUACUACUUGGGAGACUGAACCAGGCUUGGGAGUUUGAGGCCAACCUGGCUACACAGAGAGAGACCUUAUCUCAAAAUAAACAAGAAAAAACUCAAGUAUUUUUACUAAAAACAUCCAUUUAUUUGAGUUGAGCAUGGUGGCACAUAUCUAAUCCCAGCACUUGAGAGGCUGAGGCAGGAUCAUGAGUUUGAGGAUAGUCCUAUCUCCAGAGUCUCUCUCACUUCCAACCCGCUACUAUUCCUAUCAAAAGCAUGCACACAAAGGAAGCCUUUCUGGAACUCCUUGACCACGUCUCCCUGUGUCUUACUGGAUAUGUGAAGUGCCCCACAUGUCCUGAGUAUGAGUUUUGGUUGAAUGUCAGCACCACUGUGGGUCUGUUCACAUGAGACUGCUAGAAGCCAGGAGAGUACCUGUCACAGUGUGUGCUAAUAAAGACUCAAUGGACUGAACAGGAAAAACGAUCCCAGAAGUUAUAAAAUAAUGUUUGCGUUUUAAGAAAACUACAGAGAAGGAAUGCAACCUUACAUCGCUGCGCUGCUUACAUUGAAAAUAGCUUUGAUCCAGGGAGUGGUGGCGCAGGCCUUUAAUCCCAGCUCUCCGGAGGCAGAGGUGGGUGGAUUUCUGUGAGUUCCAGGACAGCCAGGACUGAUUCACAGAGAAACCCUAUCUCGGAAAACAAAAAAGAAAAAGAAAAUUAAAAAAAAAAACAGUUUUGAGAAAUUAGUAAUUUGUAGUAACACAUACCAGAUGUCCUCUACCAUGAAUAUUGAACCUAGGUGCCAGUGAGAUACCUCAAUAGGUUAGGGCACCUGCCACCCAUCUUGACCCUAGUUUGAUCCCUGGGUCCCACUUGAUGGAAUAGACUCCCAAAAGUCAUUUUGUGACCACAUGUACACUGGCAUGCAUGCCCUCCCACGCACAAAACAAAUGUAAUUUAAAAAUAAAUACAUGUAGGGCUGGAGAGAGAUGGCUCAGAGGUUAAGAACACUGACUGCUCUUCCAGAGGUCCUGAGUUCAAUUCCCAGCACCCACAUGGUGGCUCACAACCAUCUGUAAUGAGAUCUGGCACCCUCUUCUGUAUACAUAAUAAAUAAAUAAAUCUUUUUAAAUAAAUAAAUACAUGUUAAGCAAAAUUGAGAAUAUAGUUUCACUUGAAGGAUGGCCUAGUAGUAUAUCCAUAGUUGUAAUUCCAAACAUGUGGUUUACAUAUAGCUAAGUAACAGUUAUUCAGAUCCAAGUUUACAUAAUUAGAAUACUCAAUAGCUCCAAGUAAUUUUCAGUUUUGAUGAAGCUUUAGAAAAUAACCAGAACUUAAUUCCUCUCGCCCACAUUUACUGUUAGUGUGUUGGAAACCUCAGAUAAACUGUGUGAGCCUCUGCUCCCUCCCAGCAUUUUAACUUCACUUACUGAUCUUCUUAUCUCCUCCGGAUAUUUCUAAAAUUCCCCCCGAGGGGCUGGAGAGAUGGCUUGGCGGCUAGGAGUGCUGGCUGCUGCUUUCCCAGUGGACCUGGGUUCCAAUUCCGGCACCCGCACAACUGCUCACAACCAUCUGUAGCCCAGGUUCCAGGGGAUCCCACGCCCUCUUCUGGCCUCUGCAGGCAUGAGGUGGUGUGCAGACAUCCAUGCAGGCAAAGCACCCAUACACAUAAAAUUAAAAAUAAAAUGCUUUCUUUCCAAAUGAAUAAAAAAAAAGUUGUAUUGGUUUAUAAUCAUGUUUCCUUUGUUUAAAUCAUAAACUUGAAAAAGGACCAAAACAACAGGACAGUAAACGAUUGGACUUGGGUCGUGAACCCAGUCUUGCUUCUGUUGCUUAGCGGCUAUGUUGACUUUGCACAUGCCACUUAUAUGUUUUAAGAUUUAGAAGAGAGUGUGUGUGUGUGUGUGUGUGUGUGUGUGUGUGUGUGUGUGUGUGUGUGAGAGAGAGAGAGAGAGAGAGAGAGAGAGAACAUGACCUCAAACGUGGUCCUCCUGCCUCAGUCGCCUGCAUUGUGGGAUUACUUGGUGUAUGGCAUCACACCUGUAUACAUCUCAUAUUUAAAACAAGUUCAAGGAAAAGUUUUAAGAAAAAGUAUAAGGGCUGGAGAGAUGUCUCAGAGGUUAAGAGCACUGGCUGUUCUGCCAGAGGACCUGAGUUCAAUUCCCAGCAACCACGUGGUGGCUCACAACCAUCUGUAAGGGGAUCUGGUGCUGUCUUCUGGCCUGCAGGCAUACAUGCAGACAGAACACUGUAUACAUGAUAAAUAAAUCUUUUUUUUUUUUUUUUUUUUUUUUUGGUUUUUCGAGACAGGGUUUCUCUGUGUAGCUUUGCACCUUUCCUGGAACUCGCUUUGGAGACCAGGCUGGCCUCGAACUCACAGAGAUCCGCCUGGCUCUGCCUCCCGAGUGCUGGGAUUAAAGGCGUGCGCCACCACCGCCCAGCAAAUAAAUCAUUUUUAAAAAGCAUAAUUAAAGGACUAGAGAGAUGGCUUAUCAGUCAAGAGCACUGGCUACUGUUCAAGAGGACCUGAAUUUGGUUUUUGGUACCCAGGUUGGACAACUCCAGGGGGACCCAACAUCUUUGGUCUCUGAGGACACCUGCACUCAUGUGCACAUAACCACCAUACAAUUAAAAAAUAAGACUUUAAAAAUAUAAACUCUUGGUUCUUGAUUAUUUUUCUUGCAUAUUUUAUUUAAAAUAUUCGAGCCAAGUAUAAUUAACAUUUUUAAAAUUAUGUGUACAUGUGUUAAGUGGAGGUGAACUGAUCAGCAAAUCAGAUCCUAGCCAGGAGACACAGGCAGGAGAAUUGCUUCCAGUUUGAAGCAGGACCCUGUCUACCACUCCAUCUCCCUCACAAAAAAAAAAAAAAAAACAGCAACAAAAAUUUCAAAUCAAAGAUAAUAGUCUACAUCUAUUAAUAAAGUAAAAUGAGUAGAAUUAUGAGUCCUUUUUAUAUUUUCAUUUAGGUAUUCAUAUGUAAGUGAUCUAACUGAUCUCUGUUAGGGAUGGGGAACUUUGGUGGAAUGCUGGCCCUUGAAUGCAUACAGCCUUGCCUGGGUUUGAGCCCAGCACUACAUGAACUGGGUAUGGUGGCAUAGAACUCAUCAUUUGGAGAUAGGAGAAUCCGAAGUUCAAGGCUAUCUUUGGCUACAUAGUUCAAAGGCAGACUAUAACACGCCCUGUCCCACAAACAGUUAUAUUAAUGUCAAAAUACUUUUUCACCAUUGCUCUGUUCUUUCUUUAUGGCCCUGACCUAAUAAAGCCUCUGAGUCUGAAGUGUUUCACUUGGGGUUUAAAAUGUAGACCAAGCCUCUGAAGGAAAUUGGCUUUCUCCAAAGCAAGGAAGCCAAGAAGAAUUACAGAAGUUAAAUGACUUUUCACUUAAAAUUUUUUUUAUUGCAUACAGUGUAUAAAAUGGUUAUGUUAUUUUCAUAUAUAUUGAUCAUAUGUUACCCCCAUGUCCUGUCUUUCUCUUCUGAUGUUCAUGUCCUUUUCAAUCUGGAUUUUGAAUGUGAGACAAUACCUGCAUUUGUCUUUGCAGCCUGACAUUUCACUUAACACGAUGCUCUCCAGCUCUAUCCAUUUUCCUGCGAGUAGCACAAAUCCGUUUUUCUUCCUGGCUGAAUAAUACCGUGUUUCGUCUAUACCACAUUGUCUGUCUUCCUUCAUCCAUCGGUGGGUACCUGAGCUAAUUAACUAAUUUAUGUAGUGUGAUUAGUGCUAGGAUAAACAAGAGCGUUCACGUGUAUGUAUUGUAUGCUGAUGCAUCUGUUCAGGGGUGGUAGAGCUGGAUCGUGGGGUCAUGCUCAUUUUAGGUUCUUAGGUAACCAUAAUGAUUUCCACACAUUCUGCCAACUGCAGAAGGGGGCAUAUGCACCCUACAGCAUUUGCUCUUUGUUUUCUUGUUAACCAUUCUGACUAAGGUGAGGCAGAAUUUCAGUGUGGUUUUAAUCUGCAUUUCCCUCAUUGUCUAAAUAUGUUGAACAUCCCUUACAACUAAUUUCUUAAUCCAGAUUUCUAAAAGAAUUACAGAAACUUUCCUAUUUCUGCCCCAAUAGCUGUAACCAAGCCAAAUGGCAACUUUACCUCUUUUGUCAUGGUUCCCCACAUGGGCAGUAGUUCUCAUCUGAAUCAGGGAGACAGCCGAUAUAUAAUAGUAACUACAGACAGGCUGAGCAAGCUCUGCCUAUUUGAACAAGGGUGGUUGUAAGGAGAGAAAGUGACAAGGAAUCCCAGUCACCAACUUAGGGACAUUGAGACAUUUUCAUCAUAUCUUACAUUCAACUAGUUAAAAACGGUGUGACGGAAUUUUAAAACAUUAUUUAAGAGACUACUAGAGAGAUGGCUCAUCACUUAAGAGUGUUUGGUGCUAUUUCCAGCAGGCCCAAAUUCAAUUCCCAGCACCCACAUCAUAGUUCACAACUACCUAUAGCUCCAGCUUCAGGGGUCUGAUACUCUCUUCUGGAAUUCCCUAGCAACCUCAUUUAGACAUCUACACACAAUUUUUAAAAUGUUUAAAGAAAUGUGUAUGACAGGGCUUGAAAGAUGGCUCAGCAGUUAAGAGCACUUGCUGCUCUUACAAAGGACCCAGAUUCAGUUCCCAGCACCCAAAUGGUGGCUCACAACCAUCAGUAACUCCAGCUCCGUGGGAUCUGAUACCUUCUCUGGCCUCCUUGGGUACCAGGCAUGCAUAUGGUGCACAAACACAACAAAACACACACAUGCAGGCAAAACACUCACACACGUGAAACCUGAAACGAGGAAAAUAGAUACGUGUGUGAUCUGUCUUUGUUUCAAACUACAGAUAAAAGACCAAAUAGAAUCGCCACGCCUUACCUAAAAUUCACAAUAAAUAAAAUCAUGCCUAACCUUUACAGUAAAGGAGGUUAAGUAAUAAUGGAGGCCAAACAUGGAAACUGAGAAGAUUAUAUUUCCUAGAGUCAGACUCUUAAAAAGUGAAAAGUAACAGGUAAGAUUAAUAUUUUAAUAUGUGGCCCAACCUAUCGAAUGUUGAGAUGUUUUGUGUUGUCUUCUGCAUCAAAGUUUUGAUCCUGGUGUGUGUUUUAUACCGUCUUCAGAUCUUUAGUCAUUGCUUGUCAGUUGUCGAGUUGGCUGCCGGCUGUGCCGUGGACAGCAUGGGUUUAGACAACGUGUACAGGAGUAACAGCUGUGCAGCAGGGAGCUUAUUUACACCCUGACUCCAGCGAAGAAACUGAAUGUGCAUAAAGGAACUCCAGGCUAUCCUGCAGUCAGAUGCAGUUUAGGUACAGGAUUAUGUAGCUGGUGUGUGUGUGUGUGUGUGUGUGUGUGUGUGUGUGUGUGUGUGUACCGGGUACUCAACAGCCGCUCUGAGUAACACCUACCACUUGACCUGCCAGUUGACAUGGGCUGCCUGCCCAGUUCUCAUUCCAGAUAAGGAGUUCGGAACCUUAAGUUGUGGCUGGACUAUGCUGUGUGUGUGUUAACCAUGUGCAAACUUUUUUUUUUUUGGGGGCGGGGGGAUGUGUGGUAAGUUCUUCAAGAUUCCUGUUGUGUCAAAUGUCCUAGGCGGUCCUUUGGGACCCAGGACCAGUUUCUUAACACUGUUGUUUCAGAAGCUGCUAAGAAUAGCUGGCUGCAGUCAAUAGGGAAGUUGGGGCUUGCCGUCUAAUUCUUCAAUGCACGUGAAAUUUAGAAUGCCUGUUUUCCCUUUCCAUUGCAUGCUUCUAAAAAUUCCCGAAGACAAAGGCUCUGAAGUGUUUUUCUCAAUUGGGGAAGAACGGGGGCGGGGGGGGGGGGUAAUUAAAGACAAAUACAGUUGAACCACCCAUUCGAUGUUGGUUUGUUUGGGACAGGGCCUCACUCUCUAGCCCAGUCUGACUGGAAACUCACUGUGUAGCCCAGGACAGCAUCAAACUUAAACUCAAGGUGAUCCUCCUGCCUCAGCCUCCCCAAAUCUGGGAUUACAGGUAUGUACCACUACACCUGAGUUUACCUACUUGUUAAUAAACAGAACUUAUUUUUUACUAAUGUCCAUUAACAUGAUAAACUAUUCUAAAGGAAUACUUUGAAGGGGAAAAUGUUCUAUUUUAAACUUACACAUGUAACUUUAAUAAAACCGAAUACAAACUUA